AUGGUGAAUCUGCUGCCACCCUUCGGACCUACCUUAGAAACACAGAUGGUGGAAGAUGAAACUGAGACAAGUGAAGAACUGCCUCCACAUUUGCAGGAAGAGCCUCCCGAAGAUGCCAGCAAGGACCACCCGCAGCAGCAGGCAGGAGUGAUCUGGAGAGUGACAGGCGGCCUGUUCAGUAUCACCCGAGGAGCUGUGGGGGCCACACUGGGAGGAGUUGCCUGGGUGGGCAGCAAGAGCCUGGAGCUCACCAAAACAGCUGUGACCAGCGUCCCUGCUGCUGGUGUUGGACUGGUGAAGGGCAGCGUCUCGGCAGUGACCGGCGGCGUCGGAGCCGUGGGCAGCGCAGUCGCCAGCAAAGUCCCUUUCACUGCAAAGAAGAAGGACAAGGCUGACUAA